AUGCCGAAUGGCAUCAGCAAGCGUCAGCAGCUGCGCAAUGAGAAGGCUCUGGCCGAUUUGAUCCGGACCGUCCCUGGUAAUGAUCGAUGUGCCGAUUGCGAUGCCUUGACCCCAGGAUGGGCAAGUUGGAACAUGGGUAUCUUCCUUUGCAUGCGGUGCGCUGCAAUCCACCGCAAGUUGGGCACACACAUUUCCAAGAUCAAGUCAUUGUCCAUGGACACUUGGUCUUCAGAACAGGUUGACAAUAUGAAAUCCCAUGGAAACCUCCUGAUGAACAAGAUCUAUAACCCCAAGAAUGUCAAGCCGCCAGUUCCGACAGACAUUGACGAGGCCGAUUCAUGCAUGGAACGAUUUAUUCGUCAGAAGUACCAAUAUCGAUCGCUGGAGGAUGGAAAGCCAAAGCCUCCUAGCCGGGAAGACUCAAGCUACACCAAGUCACGCCAUGAUUCACGACGUGGUUCCUCACCGGACAGAUCGCCCAGGUCGCGCGGGUCACCCGAAGGCUCGCCGCCUCCCCUGCCACCAAAGUCGGGCAAGUUCUUUGGAAUUGGCCUUCGAUCAUCUUCGUCUACCUCAAACCUCCGUCGAUUCGGUACAAAGAGACCCCCGUCCUCGGAUCAACGGCCAUGGUCCCCGCCUUUCUCGAGUCAGACCACCGGGCUGGGUGCGCCCGUUGCUGAUGUGACCACUGCAUCACUCGAGGCAAAGAUGGCAGCGCUGCAGGAAUUGGGCUUUACCAACAAUCGACGUAAUGAGAUGGUUUUGAAGGGCCUUGACGAGGAUUUGGACCGAGCGAUUGAUACAUUGGCGAGACUGGGCGAGGGGGAUCCGUCUUUGAUACGGGCUAGGAAAGCCGCAAUGGCAAGCAACGCAGCGCCAGCAAGAUCUGUAUCAUCGGCUGUGCCUGCGGCUGUUUCUAGGCCAGACACAUCGAACAAUCCCUUUGAUAGGGCUGUUUCGAAUCCGGUUCCUCAAAUAUCGCAACCUGCACAGCCUGCCCAAUCACUUUCAUACAACCCCUUCGACCAAAUGGGCCAGCAGCAGCAGCAGCAGGGUGUUCAACCUUUGGAAGCUUCUUUCCAGAACCUCCAGGUUUCUCAGCCUCUGUUCCCCCACUCUACUGGCGGUUACCCAAGCCAAGCAAGUUCUUUGAUGCAGCAGUCUACAUACCAGCAACCUUAUACACCACCGGUCACAUCGACAUUCUCUCAAGUCGGAUACGUUUCCUCGCCUCAGGCUCUGGACAACAACUAUAAUCCUUUCUUUCAGACAGCACCCCAGCCGCAGGGCGGCAUCGCUAGUCAGACUUAUCCUAACCCAGGUGCUCCGCAAAACAACCCAUUCUUCAGCAGUGUGCCACAGACCCAAGCUCUGCCACAGCAAGCUCAACCAGUGUCAACAAUGGUGCCUCGUCCACUUCAACACGCAAAUACCAUGCCGGUAAUGUCAUCUACUUCACCAUUCGGCACAUCUCCAUUCGGCCCGACACCUACUUUCCAACCCCAACAACAGCAACAGCAACAGCAACCACAGAUGACCCAACCGGUCGCUCAAGGCUCUUAUAACCCCUACCAGCAAUCUAUGGGACAACCAACCCCUCAGAGUGCAGGCGGCUAUCAGAACCAAUUCCAGCCUCAGCAACCGCAGCAAUUGGUACCCCAAGUCACCGGUCGAAUGGAUAAAAAUAGCAUCCUCUCUCUAUACAACCUUGCUCCUUCUCACACCAACGCAAUCCCUCCUAUUCCAGAGCAGUACCGGGUCCAGCAGGGUGUUGGCGCCAGCCCUGUUCCCCCUCUCACCAACUCUUACAAUUCCACUCCACAAUCUCAAGGGGUCUUUAGUGUUCAAACGCCCCAGCCCCAGCAGAUUAAUGGUAACCAACCUGCUCCAUCCCGAAACCCAUGGGGUGAAUCCACCCCUAAUACCGGGGCUGGUUCAGGUCUAGCUGCCCAAGCAGGUAUGAAUCCCUAUUCAUCCUCUGGGCUAGGUAUCGGAAUGGGUGGACAUGGUGCUACAGCUCCUGCUCCUCCCCCUGCACAGUCAACGGGAAUGGGCCUUGGUAUGAACACCGCCGCUUAUAACCCCAGUCCCUUCACUUCCGUCAAUCCCUCUCUGCCUAGGACUCAUAUGAGUCAACCAAGUGUUGAUAUAAAUGGGUUCCAAAGCGGGCGUCAUAGCCCAGAUGCAUUUGCCAGUUUGAGUUCGCGUUACGGUUGA